AUGUUGACAGAGGUCAGAGGGUUCACUGACCAACAGAAAGAGGAGUACUUUAAGAAGAGAUUCAGAGAUAAGGAGCAGGCCAGCAGGAUCAUCUCCAACAUCAAGGCAUCACGAAGCCUCCACAUCAUGCUGUCAGGGUGUAUGAUUACAAGUGAAGGCUGUGUGUCGCUGGCCUCAGCUCUGAGCUCCAACCCCUCUUAUCUGAAAGAGCUGGAUCUGAGCUACAGUCAUCCAGGAGACUCAGGAGUGAAGCUGCUGUCAGCUAGACUGAAUGAUCCACACUGGAGAAUGGACACGCUCAGGUAUGGAGAGCCCUACUGUCUGAGGAAGUAUGCAUGUGAACUCACGCUGGACUCAAACACAGCAAACAGAAAACUCAAGCUCACUGACAACAGCAGGAAGGUGGUAUAUGAGGGCUGUCAGUCAUAUCCUGACCAUCCAGAUAGGUUUGACAGGUGUCCUCAAAUGCUGUGUGGAAAUAGCCUGACAGGUCGCUGUUACUGGGAGUUUGAAUGGAAAGGAGAUGUUCAGUUAGCUGUUAGUUACAGAGGAAUCAGAAGAAGAGGAGACGGGCUUGAUUGCAGGUUUGAGGAGAAUGAUCAGUCCUGGAGUCUCUUCUGCUUUGAUAAUCGUUUCUCUGUCUGGCACAACAACAGACAUGCUCUCCUCCCAUCUUUGUCUCCCACUGUGUCCUCCUCUGUCUCUAACAGAGUAGGAGUGUAUGUGGACUGUCCUGCUGGCACUCUGUCCUUCUACAGAGUCUCCUCUGACACUCUGAUCCACCUCCACACCUUCAACACCACAUUCACUGAACCUCUUUAUCCUGGAAUAGGGUGUUUUAUUCAUUCCUCUGUGACUCUGUGCGAUCUUUAGAAGAAUCUUAUCUGGUAACAAAAUAUACAAGUUGAAAGUGUGUUGUUGACUUAGAUGAUCUUGUAUAACUCUUAAAGUUGAGUAAAAUCCAGUCAAGUAAUCUGCAGGUCAAUGAUUUA